AUGCGCGGUGAGAUCGACUGCAAGGCACCGGGCCUUCAGCUUCUGAGACACAAAGCGUUGGAGGAGCUGCGGUCAUGGCCUAUUCACGAGUUUCUGCAUAUGAAGCGAGAGUGGAAUCAGAGCGCAGAUCGACUAGCAAGCACAGCAUUGCAGAGCGAAAAGGGAAGAACGGUUGUAGCUGAAGAGAAUCGGCAAGAUCUGAUGACUCUGAACCGUCUCGAUGAAUUGUUGAAGCCCAAGCAAGAUGGUCAGCUAGCUCGGGUAACUGCGAUCACGAGAUCAGCCAGGAGGAUACGUCAUGAACCUGAAGUGAUACAGGAGGAGAUAGUACAGAGGAUCAGGAUUCAACGAAUUGUCCAAGCUCAAGAUGAAGAGCGUUGGAUUGUCAAUCUCAAGACAUAUCUAAGUGGCGAUGUAUCAAACUUGGAUGCGGUAGAAUUGAAGAUGUGCGCCAAACUGACGCCGGAAUACGAGACCGAUGAGAACAAUCUGCUAUUUUUUUGCCCCAUGGCGAAAAGAGAGUCAGAAGAUCGCGAUGGUUUGAUGCGGUUGGUGAUCCCUGAGACGUUGCAGCAGGAUUUUUUGCAUCACUAUCACACGAGUCUGGAAGGAGGCCAUCAGGGUAUUGGCCGAACCUAUCAGAGGAUCAGAUCGCGAUUUCAUUGGAGAGGACUGUAUCGGAGCGUUCAACGAUAUGUGGGCGAAUGUACCGACUGUGAGACCGGGAAAGGAAACCCGAUGAUUCAUGGGAAAUCCCCGGGCAAUCUACACGCAACCUAUCCAUUCCAGAUCAUCGCCAUGGAUCAUAUACCGUCGUUGCCCAAGUCCAUCAAGGGGAACACCGAACUGCUCAUUUGGGUCGACCUUUUCUCGGGAUAUGUGAUUGCAAAGGCUAGCUCCUCUCGGACGGCACAAACAAUAGCGGAGAAUUACGAAGAAUGUGUGUUUCGACGCUUCGGAGCUAGCGAGGCUAUCAGGCACGAUCGAGAACCGGGAUUUAUGUCCGACUUCUUUCGAGCCUUCAGUCGGAUCGUAGGACAAAAACAGCGUGCUACUAUGGCUUACAGGCCACAAGCAAAUGGAACAGCCGAACGAAUGGUGCAAACCCUGACACAUUCGCUCAAGAUGUACGUGGCUGAAGUUGACCAGCGAGACUGGGAUGAGUAUGCUGAGCGGCUCACAUUUGCCAUUAACACUGCACAAGAUCGGAUCCGGGGGGAUACUCCAUUUUAUCUGAUUCAUGGGUGGGACCCGCGAUCGACUUUGGAGGCUACGCUACCAGUGGGGAAUACGGGGACACGAGAUCGCGAUCCAAAGAGUUGGAGAUACAAAAUCCAAAGACAAUACCAGCGAGCCCGAUCUGCAGUGAACGAUCGUUUACAAGCCGCGAUCCAGGAGCGAGCGGAUCGACACAACGAAGAUCUGGAACCACACGAGAUCGAAGUAGGAGCGCAAGUUUGGCUAUACCUGGACGGAGUUAAAGAGGGAUAUGCGAAGAAGCUAGCGCACAUGUGGCAUGGGCCAUUCCGAGUUGCGGACGUAUGUGGAGAUCAUGCUGUAAAAUUGGAGAUCGCUGGAACCCCAUAUCGGUUAUUUCCGAUUGUACAUAUAUCGAAGCUAAAAAAGGUAAAGACGUUCCCUGAACGCCCGAAGGACCAGCUAACGAUAGAGGAAUCAGAUCGCUUGGAUUUCGAUGAAGCUCUGCUGCCAGAAGACAGUUGGGAUGGCGAUCUUGAAGAAGGGGAAUACGAAGUAGAGGCAAUAUUGGACGUGCGAUCUGGUAGAAAAACCCGUUAUGGGCGAGUACACCGGCAGUUUCUGGUGAAGUGGAAGGGAUAUCCCGAUCUAAGUUGGGUGGACGAGGCCGAUCUAAGUUGUGGGGCGAUCUUGAAAGAGUUUGAGCGGAACCGAGUGAGUCGAAACCGUUUCGACGUAAUGCAGUCUCAUGAAGGCAAGUCGGACGAACCUUAA